GACGGCCCGUCGGGCGGGUCCCGUGAUGGCCGCCGCCGCCGCGGCCGUCGUUCUGUCAGUCGGCGCGCUCCCGGCUGCUGCUGCCCCCGGACCGGCUCCCGGACGCCGCCUCCGCGCCGCCAUGGCCGACGACGAGAGCCCGGAGCCGGCCGGCGAAGGGUCAGGAUGGCUGUCCAGUUGGCUGCCUGCUUGGUGUCCUACAUCACUGGUACAUCUUAAGGAUGCUGAAGAGAAAAUAUUGAAAUGUAUCACAAGUACAUACAGUAAACAGUAUGUCUUCAUAUCCAAUGGAAACAAAAUAUGGACGCUAACGUUCUCCCACAGCCUCUCACAGAAAACUCCCCUCGUCCUCCUCCAUGGGUUCGGAGGAGGUGUUGGACUUUGGGCGCUGAACUUUGAAGACCUUUGUGAAAACAGGACUGUGUAUGCAUUUGAUCUCUUGGGAUUUGGACGCAGCAGUAGACCGCAGUUUGACACAGAUGCAGAAGUAGCAGAAAACCAGUUUGUAGAAUCUAUUGAAGAAUGGAGGCGGAAAAUGGGGUUGGACAGAAUGAUUUUACUUGGGCACAACCUGGGAGGAUUCCUGGCAGCUGCUUACUCACUGAAGUACCCAUCAAGAGCAAAACAUCUCAUAUUAGUGGAGCCGUGGGGUUUCCCAGAGAGGCCUGCCAGUGCCGAACACGAGAGGCCCAUUCCAAUCUGGAUCAAAGCACUUGGAGCAGUUUUGAGCCCGUUUAAUCCAUUGGCUGGUCUCAGAAUAGCGGGACCCUUUGGAUUGAGCCUUGUACAGCGCAUUAGGCCCGACUUCAAGAGAAAGUACUCGUCCAUGUUUGAUGAUGACACGGUCACUGAAUAUAUCUACCACUGCAAUGUGCAAUCACCAAGUGGUGAAACGGCUUUCAAAAACAUGACGGUUCCAUAUGGAUGGGCGAAAAGACCAAUGCUGCAGCGGAUUGCCCACAUGCACCAAGACAUUCCUAUCACUGUGAUUUAUGGAGCACGAUCAUGUAUAGAUGGCAAUUCGGGGACCACCAUCCAGUCUCUGCGACCAAAUUCAUAUGUGAAAACGAUAGCUAUCCUUGGUGCUGGUCAUUAUGUGUAUGCUGAUCAACCUGAAGACUUCAACCAGAAAAUAAAAGAGAUCUGCAAUUCUGUGGACUGACGGCAUUCUCUGCUUUGCAAAAGCCAGACACAAUUGCAAUUAAAAGCAAUACUUUGCAGUAUAUUAUAAAAGAUAAGGAAUACAGAGGUUUAGCAAGCAAACACAGAUUUUGCUUGCACCACCUCUUUGAAAAUGUUUGCACAAUUUAAACCAUGCAGUGCCUUUUGCUGGGAUGGGGAGAGAAAACUUUGUACAUUUUAGUUGGAUGCUGUUCUUUAUAUGUUUAGAUAAGGUGUUUGUCUCUAUAUACAUAUGUUAAACACGUUUUAAAACUGGAUUUUAAAAUUUUGUUUUGAAGAAUGUAGAGCAUUUAAAAUGGUGUUCUACACAUACAGUGAGCGUUUCAACAUUCUUAAUAAUACAGUGGUACCUCGGUUUGCGAACACAAUCCGUUCCGUGGAGGCGUUCACUUGCCGAGGCAUUCGUUCGCCGAAUGCACGCUUCUGCGCACGCGUGCACUGCGCAGAUCACUUCUGCGCAUCCGGGUCCGCGGUGUUAGUAAACAGAGGUUUUCGUAAAUGGAGGUAAGCGUAAACCGAGGUUCCACUGAAAUAUACAUAGCAAAAUUGCAGUUUGGCUACUUCAGCGUUCAGAACCCAUUUGUUGUAGCUUCUCAGUUUUUCGUUGUGAUAGGAAGGCUUUGUCUAGGAUAUCUCCACAUUUUAUUGUACCUUAUGAAGUGGACUUUGCCAAAAUAAUUAACAACGAUGCACACCCAGGAAAAGAACAAACGUAGGAAAAGUUAGGGAAAGACUCAAAUAGUUAUAUUGGAACCUUUGUUCGCUGCAGUAACUGCUGUUCUUGGGUCUUUGGUUUCCUAGGGGAGCUGCAUUUUUGUGAGAUGCUAAUAUUGCUAAUGCUUAUGCUUUUAAAGAGACAGUGUAGAAUCCAGUGGAUCUGAAGACUAAUUGCCUUCACGCAACCUGUUCAUUUGGUGAUAAGAUUAUUGCAGGAUCUACUUCGGAACCGAUUCUCAUGUUUGUACAACCUGGGAUAAAAUUCCAUGUUUAAUUACUCCUUGGAUAAAAUGGUCUCAAAGUGUGAAUAUGCAUUUUCUUAAGAACUAUUGGAAUUUUGAGACAGUCUGACUGGAAAAUGCCUAACAGUCAAAACCCAGGUAUCCUGUAAGAAGGCGGCGUUUUAGAUCAAAUAAUACAGAUGAAUCAAGAAACCUAAUCUUACCUCAAAAUGUUUUUAUUAAAAUACUUGAUUUUAUGCAGUGUUUUUAAUAAGAGCUUAUUUAGGCUCUGGUUCUUUACAGAACUGUAUGUUUUUAGGUACUUGGUUAAUAAUAAGAUAAGCUGGGUUUUUUUGGUCAACUUUACAGCAAUGGAAUGCUUGUAAACCAAGCUCUCUUCACAAUAACUUAUUGGUUAGCUUUUGAAUGUUGGAAUAACUACUGAAUCUUCAAUCUUUCUUACAUAAAGUUUUUGAACCAGCCUGAAA